AAAGAUUAUCAAACCAGUCGUUUGGCGCUAGUCGGCAAGCUACGUUGCGAAAUCAACUAUCGUCACCCGGCAGACCCUCGGAGAAGGGAGGUAGGCACCGCGCAUAAAACCGAUCGCGUGUACGGUGCGUGCGUUCGUUUCGGCUCGAUAAAGUGUCCUUUUCGUGGUUUGAAGCUCGCCGGUUGUUUUCUUUUUCCUGCACUAGGAGACGGUAGACGGAGUCAACGCGACGAAAGGAAAAACACACUCGUGGGGUUGGUUUUCCGCUUGUACCGGUGUCGUGUUGCCCUUUCAGACACACAGACAGUAUUACUACGGUUGAAAAGUCACUGCAAAAAGCUACAAAAUAAAAACCAUAAAUAAACACUGAUUUCCGCCAUUAGCGCCAGGUGUCGAGAUUCCGGCGGAAUACCAAUACCCUUUCGGUUUCGGGCGAAAUCCACUGUAGUCGGGCCCAGGAGUGCGCAGUGUGGGGCACGUGAACGUGUUUUCAAGUGAUUUAGUUUUUUUUCUACCCUUUUGUUUAUUUGCGAAAACGGAUCCAACCAUUAUCAGUAAAAGUCAGUAAAGUUUAAUCGCUCGAUUGCCCAACCGAUAGCUAUCGGGGAAAUUGAAAAUCUAUCCAAAAAAAAUAGCUUUUGAUUGCGAAGUCUGUACCUACUGCAGGCGAAACUUAAGAUCGCGCGGUUUGGUAAAGUUUUUCCCGACAAAAGCGUGCUUAUUUUAAUGUGUUGAUUUUGUAAAAUAAUUUAAACAGGAUUCCUUGAAGCAGAAUGCUAAUUGCAAAUUGAUUGUGUGUUAGUGAAGUUUAAUCAAAUCAGAGAUUCACUUCUUACAGCGUGUUUGCUUGUGAGCAACAGACUGUUGAUUGGUCGCAGCGAUACGAUAGCGAAAAACUGCAAAAUAAAAACCAAAAAUAAACACUGAUUGCCGCCAUAAGCCUCAGGGGGUAAAUUCGUGGUACAUUUUCAAGCUGUUAGUGUAUAUAACUUGUGAGUUUGUGAAAUUCAUUUCUAUCAACGAUUAGCUGUGUUUCUUGAAGGCAAUAGACAUUUAUUUGGUCCCACUGCUGCUGCACCGACCGUGUGGUCUGCCCCAGCUCGUGAAUAACAUUUCGACGUUGUGGCAGGAGAAUCGCUUCUAAGGUGUACAACACGUGUGCCCACGGCAAGGUGUAAUCAUAAGCAAGUGAAGUGUAUCCUUUGCUGGAACAGGAGUAUAUAAAAUUACACAGCAACCACCGUACAUAUUCGCUAGAGCGCUUCCUCUAAGACAGCACAACCAGUGGUAAGAGAGCACCGGCUGCUACCGGAUUUUCACCGGGAUCCACGUAUAUAUUACGCAUCAGACGAACAAAACCCUGGACCACUCUGAGCAGUGCGUUGAAAAACUAGUGAGCUAAAGGAAACCAAACAAAAACGAAAAAAAAAACAACCCAACAAUGACUGCACCACGAACACCCACAUCGCCCACGAGCCCGCCGUCGCUGAUGCUGCUGCUACUCGGAACCCUCACCAUCCUUACCCUCCUGCAGCCGACCGUGGCACGAAGCUACGAAAAAGACACCUACCGGAAAGGCAAAUCGGCACAGAUCUCCGCCCCUCAGCCCACCAUCACCACCCAGCUGGUGGAUCUGUGCUCCGAGGACAUUAACAUGAAACUCGCCUGCCACUGCUCUCCGGAGAACCACCCGAAAGCACAGAAAGCAUCCUGUUCCAUCUUCGACGGAGAGCUGCCCCGAAAGGACGCCAACUGGUUGGCGUUCCACACGCAAACUAGCCUGGAACACCUCAAAUUCACCAUCCGGAAGUCCGGUAAUCUGACCUACAUUCCGUCGGAUGUGAUCUUCACGCUGAAAAAACUGCGCACACUGACGAUCGAGUAUGGCAUUAUCGCGGACAUCCACCCGUACGCAUUCGGCAACCUGACUGAGCUGCGAGUCGCAAACCUGCCGAACAACCAAAUCAAAACGCUGCACCCGAACGCCUUCGCCAACCAUCCGGCGUUGGAGGAAAUCGUACUGGAGAACAAUGACAUCCGUAAGAUCGAUCGGGAAGCGUUCGUUAAUUUACCGCUGCUGAUCAAAUUGAACCUAGCGAACAAUAGCAUCUCCGAGUUGCACGAUAAUGGCUUUAUCGAGCUGUCGAAGCUGGAGGAACUGCGACUGGAGCUGAACAUGAUCUCCGUGCUGGCUAAGGAGUACUUUCGGGGGCUGGAGAAUCUAAAGAUUCUGAAGUUAUCUUACAACGACGUGAACUACGUGGGUGCCACCGUUUUUGCCGACCUGUGGAGCUUGCAGAUGCUGUUCCUCGAUGGGAAUAAGAUUGAGAAACUAGACGAACGAGCAUUCGACGGUUUGAACAAUUUGCGAUAUCUUCAUCUGGAGAACAAUCGUCUAAUUACGCUCGAGAGUGGAACGUUCACCAGUGUGUCGGCCUUGCUAGUGCUGAACUUGGAUGGGAAUUCGUUGGAAACGCUCAGCUACAACCACAUCGUACCGCUGAUGGAUAAUCUGGUCAACAGUAGUGCACUGCUGUCGAUUCGCGACAACCGUUUCGUGUGCGACUGCCGCCUGGCCUGGAUCUACGACCUGAGCAACCGGACGCGGAACGAAAACCUAAAAGAAAACCUGCACGCCAUCGAGUGUACCCUCGGCAAGCAAAGCUACAACAGUGUAUCUCAGCAAACAAGCCAAGACAACACGUUUUCCGAGAACGUCGAGUUCGACGAGGAAGGCGAUUACAUCGAGGAUGCCGCCCUGGACAACGAAUCGACGGUGCCGGACCCGAAGCCAGAGAUCGUCAGUCUGUUCAAGCUGGGUAAAGAGCAGCUACCCUGUCCGGAAGAAUUUGUCGGUCCAACCGAUGGGCCAAAUCCACGCGAAUCCAAAGGACUGCUCGAUUUACCCUGGGGACACUCCGGCGUUAGCGCCAUCCGGCAGUCGGCCGUCGGUCAUAGUCGAGUGAUGUUCGUUUCCCUCGUAGCGCUGUUCGUUUCCUCCGUAGGCUUAGUAAUGAUCUCUAGUGUUAGAUGGUAAGCUUGCUUAUUUAUUUUCCGCCUGUGUAUGUAUUAGACGUAAGAGGAAACUAAAAGACAAAGAUUGAAAUGCAAACACAUGAUUUUAAAACGGAGACUCCGCUGGUGAGAGCUUUACGCCAACGCGUGAACUAGUAGAUGUAAUGUAAAUGGUCCCUCAAGCAAAACCCAGCCCCCAGAUGUUGCAAGAAGAAAAAUAAAAACGGAAACCAAACGCGGAGUGUGUCAUUGCCGAAACCCCCUGAUCUUUAUAGCUACUUCUCUUUUUAAACUGCUGAAAAUAGAUUUAAGCUAAUAUAAUGAAUACUUAUUAAAUGAAAUAAAUAGAUUCUUCUACAUCAUAAGGUAAAGUGAUGAUCAAGUGAGACAUUUAAGAUACCGCAGUUCGCUGCAUGCAAGAAAAAAAAUCAUCGUAGGGAAAAUCUCUUCAUUCUUCUCAAUGGAAAAGUAAAAGAUGAAAAUGAUAACAAGUCGAAAAAAGAACAAAGAAUUUGAGCAUCUACCUUUUAGAAUUAUUUUUGAUAAAGCAAUAAAAAUUGAUUUUCAAACCGAA